AUGCUGAGCGGUCUCAUAGUCAUCUUUCUCCUGGCUUCACCCUCAAAGAGAUUUUUAAGAAGUGCAGGGCUAAGACACAAUAGCUUAAAAAUUGUGGGAUCUGUCGUAUUUCGAGUUAAAGUUUAUGUCAAGCUGCGUCACAACAGUCCACAUAUUCUAUAUUGUCUUACAAAUCACCUGUGAAACUUAGAACUGAUUGAUCCAAUGUUCCAGUGGAACAGACCAGGUGGUGGUCUGUCUUCAGAAAAUAGCAGUGUGCAAAUAUCACCAACAGGAACUUUAAUAUUGAGACACCUCAAUCUGAGUGGAGUUUACACUUGUUCUGUUGUUUAUAAGCUAACAGCAGUGCAACCUGAUAAAAGCCUUGUAAUAAAAUAUCUUAUUUAUGCUUAUUCUGAUCCUAAAAAUUACUAUGAGUUCACAACCCGGCAUCACGCAGCCCCCUGCAACAGUUAUCAUAAUACUUCUUUUGAGACAGUGUUGCUUCAGACGCUAAGCAAACUUGUUGCUGAACUUUCUUGUGAGGUUACAUCAAUUACGUCAGGAUGUCAUCAUGUAAAAAUCCAGAGAGGUGGUCUACAGAAUGAAAUCUUCUUUACAUUUUCAGUUGCUUCCUUAGACAGAGAAAACCAAAAGAGACUAUGUCAGCAAAGGGCUUGUGAUGCAUCUCAUAGACUAAAUAAGGCAAAACACCUUAUAGAGAGAUUGUUUAAGCAACAAGUGGAAGUUAGCAGGAAAAGUUCUGAACCGUUGCCUGAAAUAUACUACAUUGAAGGUACUCUGCAAAUGGUAUGGGUUGAUCACUGUUAUCCAGGGUAUGGAAUGAAUGAUCUCAUACAUCCAGAUUGUCCACUGUUGUG